AUGAACCGGACGCCCACCAGGAUAGACUUGCCUUCCGUUACUCCGCCCUUUGAAGAUCGCAUUCAACCCCCGUGUGCACGUAAUUGGAAUCCCCAGGAGGACGGUACUCGGGCUGAACAUGCACAAGAAUUCCACGGUAUCAUGAAAGGUGCUUGUACCCCUUGUCAUGAUUAUUUCGUCUUUGGGCUUUGGGCAGACGCGUCUUCCUGGUCCCAGAUAAUAUUCCUAAACUCUAUGUUCAAGGGUACACUCUACUCCACUCCAUACCACCUCGGACCCCUGUGCCCUGAGUCAGAAGUCCUCAGUGCGGGAUUCAAGCGCCUGCACAGUUAUAGCAUCAUUACAGCAAACUCGCAGCCAUACACGCAUGAGAUUUACAGCAACAUGCCACAUCUGCCCGGACAGAUUCUCGAAUACAAGCAGCGGCCUGACCUUCGAAGCGCUGGCGGCAUUUGGAAAGACAUUGAUGCCGUCCCGAGAUUCUGUUGUGACAACCGGGAACCUGCUCACCACGAUGAGUCGACCGCCACCGAGCCUACCAAUGCAGAUGAGGAGGAGGUUUCCGACCACUCUAUGCAGUAA